AUGCGCUCACUUCAUUUAGAAAGCCAUGAAAGUAAUGAAGAUAUUAUAAAUCAAAUAAUUCUUCUUACUUCCCACCUGAAUCGUAGAAAUGGCGAUCAUGGUGCGAAAUCAAAUAUAAAAUCGUUCGUCAAGGCCAAACCUAACGUGCUAUCAGCGAACGUUUUGAGCGGAACAGGCGUGGGCCUGGUUCCGCUUGAUCCAGAUACUACUCUGGGUGCAGUGGAUAUGGUACAAGAAGGCGAGGGCGGCGCGACUGGAGAUGGCCUCAUCGCGCCGCGCCGUCUCCUCAAUCCAUGCCUCGAGAGUCCACAACGUAUGGACUUGCAUCGUGAGCUGCUUUUUAAUCAGAGAAUAGGAAAGAAUGUCCUCAACCAAAAGAGUGAACUCCAAAGGGCGUUAUCGAAACACAAAGAGAAGCAGAUUAUGAAUCAAGUACGAGAGCACAAGGAAACUCCAGAAUUGGAACGUGCCAUAGCUGAGCGUGCUCGUCGGCUGGAACAAGCGGAACAGAGUACGGAAGAAUCAGAUCCCGGAACUAAUCCCACGCUGCAAGAAGUCCGCGCUAGACUCCGGCACGCGGCUCCUCCCGCAUCGGCACACUAAAUUACCCUUCUUCCUCUCCCAAUCAAAGUCUAGUUCUCCCAAUUUGAAUCCAAAAGUAUGUGUUCCUCUUUCAAUUUUUAUGUCAAAUAUCAUUAAUGAUAGAUGGCUACUUUAUUGAACGCUCUUAUGUGUCAAAGAUAUCCUCUUUAAUGAUUUAUAAUCAUACUAAUUACGAUUCAGCUAAUAACAGAGAAAAUAUGGGUUCAGUUGUUUAAUAUUCAUAAUUGAUAUUUGUAAUGUAGAAUGACUAGCGACAUCUAUCCAAACCGAUCCAAACUACGCUUAAGCGCCAUCUAUGAUUAGCUGAUGUGAAGACCCAUUGAAUAAUAAAUGCAGAAGUUCAAAGACGUAGUGCCGUGCAUAGUAAAGAGCGAAAUCGGGUGUUUUGUAUUGAUUUUAUUUAGGUGUGUGUCGUUGGUGUGAUUGGUAUGCUUUGAUUGCCAAAGCUUUGUAAGAAUUAUUGUUUUACUUUAUUGUGUAAAUAUCGAAAGGCUUUAAAUAUUUUUUUAUCUUCGAAAUGAGGUCACUUAAAGUGUCAUCAAAUAAAUUGUAAAUGUUUGGUUUCGUUUAUAUAACAUCAGAUUUUUCUACAUGAAAAAAAUAUAUUAGAAUUAGUUUCGGUUGAAUCAAUAGGUUAUGAAAACAAUUUAGAUAGAGUUUUCAAGAAAUGUUUGCGCGAUGUGAUUUUAUUUGAUAUUUUAUUCGAUAUUAAUAAUGCUUGCGUUUCAAUUAAAUUUUAUUUCGGAUUUGAUGGGAAUGCACUUUCCCUUUCUUAGAUACAAAUGGUAUCAUAAAUUCUAUCGAACAAACUUGACUGAGAAAUCGACUGCGUGUGUUAAUAAGGGUAAAGUCGACUUUGAACAAAAAGAUAAAAUAUUUUUUUAAACUUUUUAACGUCACAACACUUUUAAAUUUAACGGUAGAAACCAUUUGUAAGCGUUUAAUGUUCUUGUUAAAACUCCUCGAAACUUAUCUAUAGAUAUACAUAGAUGUCUAGCUACCGAAAUAAUUCUUGUAAACCAUAUUUUAUUACAAUAUUGUAGAAAGUAGAUAGAUGUUGGCAAUUAUAGACUGUAUGAUAUAGAUAUACAUAUUACAGUAUAUUAAUAUUUUAUCGAGAGUAGAAAUCUUAUGAAAGUUAGUAAAAGAAACAAAGAUACCUUUAGACGUAAUAAACUAUCUAUAAUAAUGUUCUACAAUUAUAAAUAAUAUUGUUCUCUAUCUUCAAGUAUUAAGCAUAUAAUAAAUAGUUGACCAGAAUGUUUGAAUUCGAAGUGUUCAUCAAAGUGAUAGACGAGAAAUAUUUUUGUAUUGUCGAUGUAAUUUCUGUAGGAACCUGCAGUGAUGAAGUGUAAAAUUAGACCCCGGUAAGUAAGUCAGUAGUGAUAGAGACUCCAAUAUAAUUAUAUAGAUAUAUUCUAAUAGCCAUAUCCGUUAUUUUUAAAGGCAACCCUUUACGUAUUGUGAACAUGAUAGAAUCUCAACAUCUUCAAUAUAAUUAUCAUCAUUUAAAUGUGAUCCCUAAACAACUAUAACGAUAUCUAUAAAAUCAAAUUCACGAUUAUUUUACGCAUUUCUUUCUCCAUUGUGCCUAUUUAGAUGUUGUUAUUUACUUUUCAGAGUUAUUUAUGGUUGAUGUAUAGUGUAGGACGACUCUUACAAAAACGCGUAACAAAAUCGAGUUAUAUUUAAAAUCCACUUGUUGUUCUUUCACAUUCGUUUCAUUUUGUUUAUCACGUAUGUACCUAUUUCUUUUACGUUAAGGUUUAAUGUUAAGUUGUAUUGUAUCUUAGUACAAAGUGGCAUCUUUAUGAAGGUAUAUUCAAGCUUCGAAAGCUAUUAAUGUGGCCAUUUUAAUCGGAUAGUUGACUCGAUUGUAGUGCAUACGAAUUUUUAGCACACCAUUUCGCUCAGUUCUUAAGAUUUAUAUAAAAACCAGCUUUCUGCCAGCGGCUUCGCCCGC